GUCGCAAAGUCCCCAGUUCCGGCCACUUCCAAAACAUAAGUUCCUGCCUAUUGUCAGUCGAGGACCAGCAGCAGAAGAGCCACGGCAGCAGCAGCGCAAACGGACAAGCAACUCAUUAUGGUUCAGAUUUCGCAGACUGAGGAGGACAUCAAGAUCUCCAUCGAACUCAAUCGACUGGUGACCCGCAAACCGGAUGUUGUCCUCCUGCCGCAGUAUUUGAAAUUCAACAAUCCACCUAUUUUCUUUGAGCGCCAUUUGGCCCAGGAGAUUGACGAAAUGGCUAGCUUCUGCCGCAUCUUUAAGAACGAGGCCCGCAUCGUUCUAGUGAAGAAAGAGAAGGGCUUUUGGCCCGAGAUGUUUCAGAAGCUGGACAAGGAGGCACUAAUGCAGAAGCGCCUGGAGAUCGCAGAUUUGAUCGUAGAGCGGAACAAGAAGCGGGACGAGAAGGCUCUGGAGCGGUACGAGAACAAGCGGCGGGCUGAGAUCGAGAAGGAGAUCAAGCGGGAGACGGCCAUGCGGGAGCGGGUCAAGCAGUUCCAGGAGAACUCGGUGCGCGAGGCCCUCGUGGUGGAUGUACGCAAGGAGGCCCAAGCGACGCCCAAGCCCGAUCCGCUGCAGUAUCCGCCGUCGUCGAUGGCCGCCAGUCGCCUGGCCACGCCCCUCAUGCGCCCGCCCAUGAGCUCAGUCCGCGGCAGCGGACGGAUCACCGUGAGCUUCACCACCCAGCACAAGCGGACCACACCGAAGCGGGAGUCCCAGGUCACUAUGGAGAAGGCAUACGCCGCCGCCGGAGGACCCAAUGCAAAUGUCCAGUCUCCAAUGGACAGCGUGGAUGAAUGA